GUCGCCUCCGGCCGCCGCCUGGUCGCGCUGCCCCGGGCCGGGCGGGCGCCGAGACGCGGGACCGAGACCGCUCGGCUGUUCGGCCGGGCGCUCCCCGAUGGGAUAAGCUGUAAAGAUGUUCAGCUUUGAAGGGGAUUUCAAGACGCGGCCCAAGGUGUCCCUCGGCGGCGCGAGUCGGAAGGAAGAAAAGGCUUCUCUUUUACAUCGUACUCAGGAAGAAAGAAGAAAAAGAGAGGAAGAAAGGCGAAGAUUGAAAAAUGCAGUAAUUAUCCAGUCAUUUAUUCGAGGCUAUAGAGAUAGAAAACAGCAAUAUUCCGUCCAAAGAAGUGCAUUUGAUCGCUGCGCUAGCCUGUCUCAGUCUGGUGGCACUUUUCCCAUUGCUAAUGGUCCUAACCUUACCCUUUUGGUAAGGCAGCUUCUGUUCUUUUACAAACAGAAUGAAGACUCAAAACGUUUGAUAUGGCUGUAUCAGAACUUAAUUAAACACAGUGCACUGUUUGUCAAGCAGUUGGAUGGAUCAGAACGACUUACAUGCUUAUUUCAAAUCAAGAGGUUGAUGAGCCUCUGUUGCAGGUUGCUGCAAAACUGUAAUGAUGACAGUUUGAAUGUUGCACUUCCAAUGAGAAUGCUUGAAGUAUUUUCGUCUGAGAAUACUUAUAUGCCUGUUUUACAAGAUGCCAGCUAUGUGGUGUCAGUAAUUGAACAAAUUUUGCACUACAUGAUUCAAAAUGGGUAUUUUAGGUCUCUCUAUUUGUUGAUUAACAGCAAGCUUCCAUCAAGUAUUGAAUAUUCUGAUUUAUCUCGAGUUCCUAUAGCGAAAAUUUUGCUAGAGAAUGUUCUAAAACCAUUGCACUUUACUUACAACUCCUGCCCAGAAGGUGCAAGGCAACAAGUCUUCACGGCCUUCACAGGGGAGUUCCUGGCGGCACCUUUCACAGAUCAGAUCUUUCAUUUCAUCGUCCCGGCGCUAGCGGACGUGCAGACCGCCUUCCCUUACGAGCCCUUCCUGCGCGCACUGCUGUUGGCAGAGAGGAGGUGCUCAGAGAAGAGCGGUGGAGCACCGUGGCUUUUCUAUUUUGUUUUAACUGUUGGUGAAAAUUAUUUGGGGUCGCUCUCUGAGGAAGGCCUGCUGGUGUAUUUGCGAGUGCUCCAGACCUUCCUUCCUCAGCUGCCAGUCUCGCCCGCCAGCGCCAGCUGUCAAGACUCCGGCAGCGACUCUGAGGAGGAGAGUGAGGAAGCCGACAAGCCCACGAGCCCCGAGGAUGGUAGACUAUACAAUACCAUACAUAACAGAGGAAUGUCUGAAAGUUGGCUACAAAACAGCAGCCAAUACCCUGUUGACUGGCUCCUCUAUAGUUUAGCCUUCAAUGCCAGGUUUCUGAGACACCUGUGGUUUCUGAUAUCUUCCAUGACAACGCGCAUGAUCACAGGGUCCAUGGUCCCACUGCUGCAGGUGAUAUCAAGGGGCUCGCCUAUGUCUUUUGAGGAUUCCAGUCGAAUCAUCCCACUCUUUUACCUUUUCAGCUCCUUGUUUAGUCAUUCACUAAUUUCCAUACAUGAUAAUGAAUUCUUCGGUGAUCCCAUAGAAGUUGUAGGCCAGAGACAGUCGUCAAUGAUGCCCUUCACUUUAGAGGAGUUGGUGGUGCUGUCUCGGUGCCUGCGGGACGCCUGCCUGGGCAUCAUCAAGCUGGCCCACCCCGAGACCAAGCCUGAGGUGCGGGAGGAGUACGUCACCGCCUUCCAGAGCAUCGGAGUCACCACCAGCUCCGAAAUGCAGCAGUGUAUCCAGAUGGAGCAGAAACGAUGGAUUCAGCUAUUUAAGGUUAUCACCAACCUGGUGAAAAUGUUGAAGUCCAGAGACACAAGGAGAAAUUUUUGUCCUCCAAAUCACUGGCUGUCAGAACAAGAAGAUAUUAAAGCAGAUAAGGUCACGCAGCUCUAUGUGCCAGCGUCCAGACACGUGUGGAGGUUCCGGCGCAUGGGGAGGAUAGGCCCACUGCAGUCCACCCUGGACGUGGGUUUGGAGUCCCCACCGCUGUCUGUGUCUGAGGAAAGACAACUUGCCAUCCUAACAGAACUGCCUUUUGUGGUUCCAUUCGAGGAACGAGUAAAGAUCUUUCAAAAGUUGAUUUAUGCAGAUAAACAAGAAGUUCAAGGAGAUGGUCCAUUUCUGGAUGGAAUUAAUGUCACAAUAAGAAGAAAUUAUAUUUAUGAAGAUGCUUAUGACAAACUUUCCCCAGAAAAUGAGCCUGAUUUGAAAAAGCGGAUCCGAGUGCACCUGCUCAAUGCCCAUGGCCUGGACGAAGCUGGCAUUGAUGGUGGUGGUAUUUUCAGAGAAUUUUUAAAUGAACUACUGAAAUCAGGAUUUAACCCCAACCAGGGUUUCUUUAAGACUACUAAUGAAGGGCUUCUGUACCCCAACCCGGCUGCUCAGAUGCUUGUGGGAGAUUCUUUUGCCAGACAUUACUACUUCCUAGGCAGAAUGCUUGGAAAGGCUCUCUAUGAAAACAUGCUGGUGGAGCUGCCCUUUGCGGGCUUUUUCCUCUCCAAAUUGCUGGGGACCAGCGCGGAUGUGGACAUCCACCACCUGGCCUCCCUGGACCCCGAGGUCUAUAAGAAUCUGCUGUUCCUCAAGAGCUACGAGGACGACGUGGAGGAGCUGGGGCUGAACUUCACCGUGGUGAACAACGACCUGGGCGAGGCACAGGUGGUUGAACUGAAAUUUGGCGGGAAAGACAUCCCUGUCACCAGCGCCAACCGGAUUGCGUACAUCCACCUGGUGGCCGACUACAGGCUGAACAAGCAGAUCCGCCAGCACUGCCUGGCUUUCCGACAGGGCCUGGCCAACGUCGUCAACCUCGAGUGGCUCCGGAUGUUUGACCAGCAAGAAAUUCAGGUAUUAAUUUCUGGUGCACAAGUUCCCAUCAGUCUAGAGGACCUAAAGUCCUUUACAAACUAUUCAGGAGGUUACUCUGCUGAUCAUCCUGUCAUUAAGAUCUUCUGGAGAGUGGUAGAUGGUUUCACUGAUGAGGAAAAGCGCAAAUUGCUCAAGUUUGUAACAAGCUGCUCUCGACCGCCUCUCUUGGGGUUUAAGGAGCUGUACCCCGCGUUCUGCAUCCACAACGGCGGCUCCGACCUCGAGCGGCUCCCCACGGCCAGCACCUGCAUGAACCUGCUGAAGCUGCCCGAGUUCUACGACGAGACGCUGCUGCGCAGCAAACUCCUGUACGCCAUCGAGUGUGCUGCUGGCUUUGAGCUGAGCUGAGCUCGAGCUGACGCUGGACCCGACCCUCCGCAGAGAAGCCACGCCGCCCCGCCGCAGCGCCGGCCCAGGCCCACGGGGAUGCGCAGGCUGCACCGCGGCUCUCCCGAGCCCUCCUCUCUGGCCUUCCUCCCUCCCUUCGUUCUUUAAAUGAUUUUUAUUACGAUGUGGUCACUUAUUUAGAUGGACGUUGCUCCUCCAAUAACUUAAAAUAAUAAAUGUUAUGUGCCAUGUGGCUAAUUUA